GUUCAAAGAACGGUCCUCACUUGAAGAACCAACCAGCCGGAGUGAGGAGGGGGAACGAAAUGGAUAAAAACAAGAUUUCAGGUUCACGGGAGGUCAUAUGACACAAAUAGCAACUGUCGACUAGAGUUCACUCACCUUAUCCAAACACUAGAUGGAGCUAUGUUUAAAGCGCACAGGAGGACUCAAGCGCACUCUACUCUUGUGCAGGCCCUUGGCUCAUUCGCGCUACAGAUCAACACACCCCCUGGCAGAUCCGGUCUCUUUCGUUUUCAUUUCCCGGAAGGAUACUUUUAAUAUUUCAUUCGACCUACCGAGCAAUUACAAAGAGUUGCCGAUUUAAAAGCACUCAAGCUCGCCUCGAAUAGAAUCAAAAGUUCCAUUUUAUGCUUUUUUACAACUACAGUCAACUUUUUUGACCCCCAGUCAAAAGGUUAGUCCCAAGGAUUUGGAGGGCUUUUAGGACUCAGGUAGGUUACUGCAUAAUGACUGACGGCUCCUCUCCGCCUCCUUUGAUCAAGCAUGACUGCAAUGGCAACAGAGCCCCUGUUUAUCCCUCAGCCCUGAUGUCCACCAAUACUAACACAGCCUCACUAUACUCCACUGCCCCAGAUGAACUCUGCAAACUGCCCGGGAGACUCCGGAUAAACCCAUCUCUGUGGGAUAAAGAUGAUGUCAAUCAUUGGCUACGAUGGGCUCAGAGAGAAUAUUCCUUACGAAAGACAGAUCAUGACAAGUUUGAGAUGAAUGGCAAAGCCCUCUGUCUCCUUACUAAAGAGGACUUCCGCCUCCGCUGCCCAAGUUCAGGUGAUGUGUUGUAUGAAUUACUACAGUAUGUGAAACAACAGAGGCGUGGGGUGGUUAGUCAGCCCAGCUCUAAAAUUCCCAUCAGUUCUGGCCCUCAGCUACCCCAGUCACAAGUUCCAGAGCCCACUACAGCUUCCUCUGGCUCCACUAACCGGUCUAUACCUCCAGCUUCCUCUGGCUCCACUAACCGGUCUAUACCUGCAUGUCCAUUCAACCCUCAUGCCAAAGGGCCUGGGAAUCCAAGUCACUACCAAGAGAUCAGGGUGCACCCAUCUACCCAACACUACCCUCACACCACACACACAGAUCUCAGAGGUCUUCCUCACCAUCCUGAGGAGGCACAGUACCCACCAUCCACAGCUGGGUCUUUUUCCACACACUCCACCGAAUCAAUGGGCAUCAAUGAUAAAGAUGAACCCCUCAAUCUGUGCAGCAGAGCAGAGCGCUCCAGAAGUCCCCCUCGGCAAGCUGAGGCCAACGGAAAGAUUGCAGACUGCAGGCUCCUGUGGGACUAUGUUUACCAUCUGUUAUCAGACACACGCUAUGAGUCCUAUAUCCGCUGGGAGGACCCAGAGUCUAUGGUGUUCAGAAUAGUGGAUCCAAACGGGCUGGCUCGGCUCUGGGGAAACCAUAAGAACCGAGCAAACAUGACUUAUGAGAAAAUGUCCAGAGCUCUUCGGCAUUAUUAUAAACUCAACAUAAUCAAGAAAGAGACUGGACAGAGGCUGCUCUUUCGCUUUCUGAAGAAGCCAGAGGAGAUUAUUCAAAGCAGAUCAGACAAAACAGAUGCAAUGGACUGUCCUGAUAGUCCAGCAUCUCCAGAGUACAGAGAGGACAGUCUGGAGGUAUCACCAGACUCCAGCCCAGAACCAAAAACAGCUGGACCAGAACUAACCCUAAGGGUCUCCCCAACACCCUGAAUCUGAUACAAACUACCAUGAGCUGGAGCAUUUGGUAAUUACACACAGAAUGAAAGAUCUGUGAUGGACAGACAUGAGACUAUUUGAAGAAGAGAUGAUUCAAAGGAUAUAUAAGCAGGAUCUUAAACAGGACUUUGGUAACAGGCUCUGUGAAUGUUUUUUCUACUGUAAAUCCAGAAUGACACUAACCUCCAGGAACAUAGCAUUAUUGUGUCAAAGCAAUGUGAUUAUUCUAAUUGAGAAGAUUGCUUUUACUGAGUUCUCAGAAUUCUCUCAGGAUUUUGGUAGAAAAUGCUAGUAUAAUUUGAAUAUGAGAUUCUAACAUUACAGGUUCUUAUGGCUUUUCUAUGAUUACACAUUGAUUUUUGGAUGUAAAUGGUGGGAUUCGAAGAAUUGUGCAGAACAGAGCAUUUUGUAGUUUUCCAGUGCAGUUUCAUUGUAAAGAAAAAAUGUUAAUUUUUAUAUGUACAUUUGUACUCUGUUAACUUUAUUGUAUUUGACAACAUGUGAAUUAAAAAGGUGGU